AUGAAGAAAGGCCCGAAGGGCAGCAGAGCCAAGGUCCUCUCCGAACUGAGGGAGACUCAGCAGCGGCAGAGUCAACCUCCCGGAAGCUAUCAUGAUCCGGGAUUCGAUAGCCGCUCAAUGUCGCCAGCGCUCUCGAGAAACACAACGCUGUUGACACCGGUUUUGGUCAACGAUUGCGUAGAGUUCUUCUUCGCCAACCUGUAUCCCACCCACCCAAUUCUCCACCGACACAGAUUGGCUCAAACGAUCAUGAGCAUGGAGCACUCAGCAGAGGCGUACUGCAUGGUUGCGGCAUUGUGCUCGUGGAUCCUGAUACAGAGCAACAUGAGUGUGCCCAAGACGGGCUUAUCUGUAGAAGCUAGCCUGCUGCUUAAGACCGACCUUGGCCAACUCUUGUUGGAAGAAGCAGUACGCGUACGAAAGAGCUACGACUUUAUAGAGACUCCAACGCGGCUAUCGGUCACUACAUCGUAUUUUCUUUAUACCUGCUACUACUGUCUUGACCAGCAUAACUCAGCUUGGUUCUAUCUACGGGAAGCAACCACGCUUGCUCAGAGUCUUGGGAUGCAUGACGAAGAGACGUACAAGAUAGGGGACUUCAUCGAGACUUCAAGAAGGCGGCGGCUGUUCUGGAUACUGUUUAUCAACGAGAGGCAAGUAAGUUGGUGCGCGUACGUUAUACCUCAGCUGACGCUUGCCAGAGUUUACGCCUUACGGAGACAUCGCCCCUUAACGCUUCAGGCUACCAUUCAACUCCCUUCAUCUGAAGAAGAUCCGACUGAGACCAUCCCUCUUACUGGAUUUGUUCAUUUGAUCAACUUGUACAAGCCCUUUGACAAUACAUUUUUCGGUUUAUGGAACAAGGUCCGCACGGGUUGCCUACCUUCGUGGCUAGCGCUACUCCAGAAUCAGCUCUCCAGUGCACUACCUGCCUACCUUGAGGGCUCGGAAACACAAGUGGUCGAGCUGCGUACUUCGCAGCAAUGGCUCCGGACGAUGGUUUGGCAACUAGCAAUUAGCCACGGGUUCGUCUCCUCGAUUGCGACAGACCCGUCGUUGAGCUUUAGAUAUCCAAUCGAAAUCUCUCGUGAUAUGACCGCUGCGUCGAGCCAGUUCUCUCAUGAAGCGAUGGAAAUGCACGGCGUAGGGUUGAUUGAGAAACUGUACGACAUCGCCUGCACGUUGACGGAUGUGAUGGCAUGCGUUCCAAUAGACGAACACACCUUCGAGCAGAGUUUCGAGCUCUGCCCUCGCGACUACCUCAAUCAUUUCCUUACCCUCAUCUCCACACUACGCGGCGGCCAAGAGCGCUACCUACCCAUGCUGCUCGCCAAGAUCAACGAAGUCUUUCCGAACACAACGCUACCCAUAGCGCCCGCUCCCUUCGCACCAGCGGCAGCACCAGCACCGGUUAUAUCCCUAGCGGAUGACCUGUACAAGACUGCAGCAUCCUUAACGCAGCCGCUCAAGCCAGAACCUCAGGAGAGCCCACGACAACUACCACACCGCUUCGGUAGCAACAGCAGCAUACCCUACGCUGACUCCAAUACUCCGCCAAUGCCUCCUCCGACCCAACCAUACCAGACCUUCUCGACCGCUAUGGGUUAUCCAGAAGCGACGCACCCAACACCAUCCACUGGGAUCUACCAGACCCACCCACCUGGAUACUCGGGCUUUCGUCCGAGUUGA